CUCUACUCCGGCGGAGGCCGCGUCUCUUCCUUUGCUAGGAAAUGUCUUUGGAAACUGAGUACCUGAAAAAGUGCUUGGGAAAAUGUUUAGUUGAGGGCCUUGCUAAGUUGGUUGAGCAUCGACCAUCAGAUCCGAUAGAGUACCUGGCAUAUUGGAUUUAUGAAUAUAGGAGACAAAUUCAUGCAAGUCAUCAGAGAAAGCUAGAGAAGCUUCAGCUGAGUGAGGAGAGAAUGGAAAGCCUUUUGGAACUGGAAAUAGCACAAAAACUGAAGGCAGAGGAAAUUCAAUUCCAGAAACAACAUGAAGAAUAUAAAAAAAAAACAAUGUUGGACACUUAUCCAGAACAGAGACCUCACAUCUGGCAGGAAAAGUUUGGAACCCAGAAAUUGCCCCCUCUUGAAGAAAUAGAUGAAUCUUUAUUAAGCCCAAAUAGAGAAAAUGGAAUGUCCAAAACAGACUGGAAGGAAGAGCUUUCCCCUAAAUCUAAUGCUGCUUCCAAGACUGGAUCUCAAGAAGAGUCUGUUUCAGAUGCGGUGAAUCCUACCUGA